CUUUAUAGUGGAAAACUCGAAAUUACUGAACCCUGAGCUGCCUGAAAAAUGGACUCAAGCGGCAGCAGCAACAUCAACGACAGGACGAGUGGUUGGAAAGCUGAAGAAGCCAUCGGUGGAAACAAACAAGCAGUGGAAGCUCUAAGAGAACUCAUUACUUUCCCAAUUCUCUACUCUUCACAAGCUCAGAAGCUUGGUCUCAAGUGGCCUCGAGGUUUACUCCUGUACGGUCCACCUGGCACCGGAAAGACAAGCUUGGUGCGGGCUGUUGUCCGGGAAUGUAAUGCACAUUUAACAGUUAUCAGUCCACAUUCUGUUCACAAAGCACAUGUGGGAGAAAGUGAGAGAGUUUUGCGGGAGGCAUUUUCUGAGGCAUCAGCACAUGCAAUGUUGGGUGAGCCGGCAGUUAUCUUUAUAGAUGAAAUCGAUGCACUCUGUCCUCGCCGUGAUCAUAGGCGAGAACAAGACGUUCGUGUUGCCUCUCAGCUCUUUACGCUUAUGGAUUCCAACAAGCCCUUGGCAACAUCUGUUUCACAUGUUGUUGUAGUUGCAUCGACAAACAGAGUGGAUGCCAUUGACCCUGCACUUAGAAGGUCAGGGCGUUUUGAUGCUGAAAUUGAAGUUACUACACCUACUGAAGAGGAACGCCUUGAGAUACUCAAGCUCUACACAAAGAAGAUUCCUUUGGAUUCCAAUGUCAACUUACAAGCCAUAGCUGCAUCUUGCACUGGAUAUGUUGGGGCUGAUCUAGAGGCUUUAUGUCGUGAGGCUACCAUGUCAGCGCUUAAAAGGUCUGCAGAUGAAAAUGAAUGUGCCACUGUGCUUAGUGUAAUGAUGGAGGAUUGGAAGCAUGCAAGAACUGUGGUCGGCCCAAGCAUAACAAGGGGUGUUACUGUUGAAAUACCCAAGGUUUCUUGGGAAGAUAUUGGAGGACUAAUCAAUUUGAAGAAAAAGCUUCAACAAGUUGUUGAGUGGCCUAUUAAACAUUCUGGUGCAUUUUCAAGGCUGGGAGUUUCACCUGUACGUGGAGUUCUUCUUCAUGGACCUCCAGGAUGCUCAAAAACCACCCUUGCUAAAGCUGCUGCUCAUGCUGCCCAAGCUUCAUUUUUUUCUCUGAGUGGUGCAGAAUUAUAUUCAAUGUAUGUUGGAGAGGGUGAAGCUUUAUUACGUAAUACAUUUCAGAGGGCCCGCCUUGCAGCUCCAAGCAUAAUAUUUUUUGAUGAGGCCGAUGUUGUUGCUGCCAAAAGAGGUGGAAGUUCAAGCACUAACAUUACAGUUGGAGAGAGGCUUCUUUCUACUCUGCUGACAGAAAUGGAUGGUUUAGAACAGGCUAAGGGAAUUCUUGUUUUGGCUGCAACAAAUCGUCCUCAUGCAAUUGAUGCUGCUCUUAUGCGCCCUGGACGCUUUGAUCUGGUGCUUUAUGUACCUCCUCCUGAUUUAGAAGCUCGAUAUGAGAUACUUCAUGUGCAUACACGUAAUAUGAAAGUUGGGGACGAUGUUGAUCUCAGAAGAAUAGCUGAAGAUACAGAGCUAUUCACGGGGGCUGAACUGGAGGGUCUAUGUAGAGAAGCUGGAAUUGUAGCUCUGAGAGAAGACAUAUCUGCCACUGUAGUGUGUAAUCGUCAUUUCCUGACAGUAAAAGAAUCUCUGAAACCAGCAUUAACAAGAGAGGAAAUUGAUUCGUAUUCAUCAUUUAUGAAGACCAGAUCACCAACAUCCUCUUCCUCUAGAGUGUCUGAAUCUAGUGUCAAACGUCAAAUGAAGGCCAAAAAGAAUUCAUUAGCUCCAGUGCUUUCAGUAAUAACAUGUUUUGCAAGCAUUGCAUUACUUGCAGCUGCAAAAUAUCUUUUUGUGCAAACAAAUCAAACUCAAACUGAACUAGCAACUACCUGAAAAAUACUCUGAAUGAUAUAAUAUUACAGGCUGUCUGCUUAGUUAUCUGUUUUGUUAUACUCUCAUGUUUUCCUGGUAUUG